AUGGAAGUCGGUUUGUAUGGGUUUGUGAGGUAUAGAGAGAGGGGACUGGUGUUGAGGGUUGUUAUGAAGGUUAGGGAGAGUGAGGAGAGUUUAGUGGAGCUUGGGAGGAGGAGAUGGUGGGGUUGUAACGGGAAGUUAGAGCGUGAGGAAGAGGCUAGUUGUGGAGGCUUAGGUAGUAGUCUUAGAAGGUUUGUGAGUGGCUAUUUUAGGCAAGGGAGGAGAUGGCCUAGUGUGGUUUUGUGA